AUGCUGAGCGCAAGAAGGAUACUGAGGCUUUCUACCGUUGGAAUUAGGGCCUUCAGCUAUGGUAGAUCACAGUUUGCUUCAGGAAAGUGGCUUGACAGACCGCCCACGUUACUACAGGCAGGGCAAGCAAUACAUGAGAGCAGGCCUCACAUGCUGAAGGCGGGGGAAUUGACUCCCGGGAUAACAGCGACUGAGUACUUUGGAAGACGCAUGAAGCUUGCUGAGAGGAUGCAGCCCAAGAGUUGUGCCAUUAUCGUUGGAGCAGAGCUGAAAUACGCAUCAGGGCCUGUAUUUUAUCCAUUCCAGCAAGAUAACAACCUUUUUUACUUGACAGGUUGGUUGGAACCUGAUACUAUUAUGGUCUUGGAAAAACCUACUGCUGACCCCUCAGACGUAAUUUUACACAUGUUUGUUCCGCGGAGAGAUGCUCUAGUGGAAGCAUGGGAUGGUCCGCGCAGUGGCCCUGAUGGAGCAAGAGAGAUAUUUAACGCGGAUGAAUCGAUGGAGAUAAAUAAAGCAAGAGAAGGGUUGACCCACAUACUGAAGAGAUGUGAUUCGGUUUACUACGAUUAUCCAACUACCAAAAGUUCAAUGUCUUCGGGCUUUAAUGAUGUAUUCGGCGUUUCUGUGCCAAGAGCGCACGAAGCAGUACGGAGUAUGAUCGGUUCGUUUGCGGUUAGUGUGAACCGCUUGUCACCGCUGACUACCGCGCUCAGAUGUAUUAAGUCUCCGGCGGAAAUAGACGUCAUGCGUAAAGCGGGUAGAAUUUCGGGCAGGGCAUACAACCAAGCAUAUGCGCAAAGAUUUAGAACAGAGAGGACACUUCAAGCGCAUCUAGAAUACAACUUCAUCGCUGGGGGAUGCGAUAAGCGCGCAUAUGUCCCUGUUGUUGGCGCAGGCAAAAAUGCUCUCUACAUCCAUUAUACUAAGAACGAUGACGUGAUGUAUGAUGACGAAUUAGUACUCGUUGAUGCAGCUGGUUCAUUGGGCGGGUACUGUGCUGAUAUAUCACGCACGUGGCCAGUAUCUGGGAAGUUUAGUGGACCUCAAAAGGACUUGUACGAAGUCGUGCUGGCAGUGCAGCGGAAGUGCAUAUCUCUUUGUUCGGCCAAUUUGGGUUACUCGAUACACGAUAUCCAUGAGAAAAGUGUUGCAUUUAUGCGUGAAGAAUUAAGUAACCUUGGCCUAUCUGGUGCUCACUUUUGGGAUGUGAACAAAAUUUAUCCUCACUAUAUCGGCCAUAACCUAGGCUUAGAUGUACAUGAUGUCCCUGGCGCAUGCAAGAGCUCCCCACUACAAGAGGGCCAGGUUAUUACCAUAGAACCAGGUAUUUACAUCCCGGAUGAACCUGAAUUCCCUGCAUACUUCAGGAAUAUUGGUAUCCGGAUAGAGGAUAAUAUAGCGGUGGAGAAAGAUACUUAUAGGAAUUUGACGGUGGAGGCAGCGAAAGAAAUUGUAGAUAUUGAAAGCAUCGCUCAAAAUGGCGUGUCUACAAAGAUGGGGGAGACACUUUCUCCACUCGAAGACUAA